CAUCAUCAUCAUCAUCAGGAAGGUUUCUGCCUACAUGCUCACAGCUUGCAGUGCAGAAUGGCAUCGACCGAGAGACUGUAUGAGGUUUGGAUGCUGUACUGCAAUAAGAAGGACCCGGACUAUCUGAAACUCUGGUUGGAAAUCUUCAUCGGCUCCUAUGAGAGAUGCGUGGAUGUGGAUUUCGAGAAACCCCCAACCAGGUUGGAGGAGACGCCCCCCGUCAUGACGCUGCUCCCUGAUAACAUCCUGCAGGUGUUGCGUCUGCAGCUGCUCCAGUGUGUGCAGAAAGCGUCCGAGGGACUGGAGCCCGAACAGCAGACAUUAGCCCUCCUGCUCCUCAAGUUCCUCAUCGUCAUCUGCAGGAACCUGUCAAAUGUGGAAGAGAUCGGCUCCUGUUCCUACAUAAACCACAUCAUCACCAUGACGACGCUUUACAUACAACAGCUGAAGAGUAAGACAAAAGAGAAGGAGCUGGCUGAUCAGACACAAGCCGAGGAGUUUGUGCGUCACGCUUUGGCCUUCUGUGAGAGUCUGUAUGAUCCUUAUCACAACUGGAGGCAUCGCAUUCACGGACAGCAGCUCAGUACUGUGGAAAGAAGCAGACAGAAAUUUAAAGCUGCACCGCUCACUGUAGAGUUUGUGCCCUUCUUCUACCAAUGUUUUCAGGAGAGUGAGCACCUGAAGGACAGUCUUAAAUGUUGCCUUUUGCACCUGUUUGGAUCCAUCGUGGCGGGUGGACAGCGUAACGCUCUCCUGGCCAUCUCGCCGGCCACUAUGGAGGUGCUGCUGGGAGUGCUGGGUACAGGCGAGUGUCUGAGCGGAGGUGGAGAUGGGGAGGACUGGGACAGUGAGGCUCCUGACAGGAAGGCUCUGCUGACUCUGGGCUGUUUGAGGGAGGUGGUGCACCGGCUCCUGGCCAGCAGCUCCGAUCAGAGGCAGGUGGAGAUCAGCUCCGUGCUCGAGAGCUACUUCAAACUGCUCAACUCAGACCCCGCCGCCACAGCGCAGGUCAAAGGUCAUCCGACGCCGCCCCGCUCUCGGCACUGGGAGAGCCGCUUUGUUGGGUUACAGGUGAACAUGCUUGAAACCAUUCAGGAUAUGUUUGAGUGCUCCGACCGACCAGUUCUGCAGGCCAUCUUUCUCAACAGUAACUGUUUCGAGCAUCUGACCCGACUCCUGCAGAACAGUAAGCUGGUUAACGCUAGGUGCACAGCUGCAGACAAGGACCAGAAAGAUUUAACCAACAGGUUACUGACAGGAGAGAGUGAGAUUCAGGUGUUCCAAGCGAGGCUCGACUCUCUCGCCGUGGCAACGAUUAAAACUCUCUCGACAGUGAUGCACAAGUCGCCUGCUGCGAAGGAAGUGUUUAAGGAGCGGAUUGGCUACACUCACCUGUAUGAAGUGUUGGUGUCACUGGGUCAGCCAUCCAGACACUUGCUGAAGGAACUCAUGAAUAUGGCUGUUGAAGGUGAACAUUCAUCCGUGGGCCUCCUGGGCAUCAGUAACGUGGACCCUCUCCUGCUCCUGAUCCAGUGGCUUCCAGAGCUGGACUCUGCCGAGCUGCAGAUCUUCACUGCGGACUGGCUCCGGCGUAUCUGCGGUCUGAACCGGCGGACGAGAGCCACCUGCGUCAACUCUUCCAUGACUCUCAUAUUGCUGUCGGCCCUGGAGAGGCACGAGCGGCUACACCGGGCCUGUGCCGAGAGUCUGGUGGGGCUGUUGGGUUCUUUAGGCAGUCAAUCGCUGAGCUCCUCUGAGCUCCAGAAUCUACUGAGACUCCUGCGGCAGGACGAACCGGGCCGCGCUCACCCGUAUGUGGGUCCGGUUCUGCGCUCGCUCCUGGGGAUGGUGCGUAAACAGGGCCUGGAGAGCGCCAUGCAGUAUUUUGAUCUGUCACCACCCAUGGCUGGCAUCUCCGUGCCGACUAUCCUCCGAUGGCCAGGCUACGCCUUCAGCUUCUUUGCUUGGCUGUCAAUGGACCAAGAUCAGCUGGGCCCGCCCAGCAAAGGAGAGAAGAGGAAACAGUUGUAUAGUUUUUUCACCCCGGGCGGCACCGGGUUCGAGGCCUUUAUCAGUUCAGCUGGAGUGCUUGUGGUUGCCGUGUGCACUAAGAAAGAAUACGUCACCGUCAUGCUGCCUGACUACUGCUUCUGUGAUUCGCUCUGGCACAGCAUUGGUGUAGUUCACGUGCCGGGGAAGAGGCCGUUUGGCCAGAGUCUGGUUUACAUCUUUGUGGAUGGACAGCAGAAACUCUCAGCACCUUUAAAAUACCCAACCAUGACUGAGGCCUUCACGUCAUGCUGUAUCGGGUCAGCGGGUCACCGCACCACGACCCCACCUCCCUCUCAAAUCCCAGAUCCUCCGUUUUCCGGAGGUAAUUCCACGGGACGCACGUCUUUCGGCGCCAUCCUCCCGGGCUGGGGUGGGCUGCUAGGGACCAAACCUGAGUCCGUCACCAAACUCAUUUCCGCCGGGACUCAGGACAGUGAGUGGGGGAGUCCCACCUCACUGCAAGGGCAGCUGGGAAGUGUCAUGGUCUUCCACGAGCCCCUCCAAGCCAGUCACGUCAAAGCCCUCUGUAGCGCAGGACCAAACUGUAUUUCUCCCUUUAAAAGCCAAGAAGCUGAACUCGGAGACUUGGCACCUAAACUUCUGCUUCACUAUUCUCCAAAGGCAUGUAGGAACCCAAUUUGUCUGGAUUUGUCCCCUAAUAUGCUGCAUGGUCGUAUGACAGGAAAUAAAGUGGUCAACUGGGAUAUCAAAGACAUGAUCAACUGUGUUGGAGGGCUUCCUGUGUUGCUUCCAGUCUUGGAACAGUUGACUUUGUUAACCCCUGAUUUACAUCACGUCGACCGCUCGGGGUCAGAGUUCAUCAGCCCUGACUCCGUCACACCCGCUGAGGGAGACUGGGUCAUACUGCCUUCAAACAGGGCGUCCGAGGCCAGACUGGAGAAGAAUCUCGUAGCGACGUUCUUACUGGUUAUCAAGCAUUUCCUGCAGCGGCAUCCCAUAAACCAGGAAACACUUCUGCACUCGCACGGUGUGGCCACAUUAGGAGCUCUGCUUCAGAAGUUGCCAGCGUUCCUGGUGGACGUGAGUGUGUUGGUGUCGGUUCAGCUGUUGAUUGAGCAGAUGACGUAUGAGAAGAACUCGCAGCUCCUGCAGCAGCUCCACACACACCUGCUGUUCAACUUCAGCAUCUGGAACCAAGGAGACUUCCCCCUGCGCAUCGGUCACAUCCAGUACAUGUCCACCGUCAUCAAAGACAGCAGGAAGCAGUUCAGGAAGAAAUAUGGAGUGCAGUUCCUGCUGGAUACAGUUCGCCUUUACUAUGGUUCUGGAAGUAAAGAUGCAGAUCUGAGUGAGGACGACAUCAAGACAAUCAGAGCAUCUCUCUGUGGCCUUCUGAAGUAUUACAUCAGCAAGGGUACCACCCAAGAUGAGAUCCAGAGCAUUCUGGGAUACAUCGCUGCCAUUGGAGAUGAGGAUCAGCUGUGUGUGAUCCUGGAGCUGUUGCUGACUCUUCUUCAGACCAGCGCUGCACGGGACCAGCUCUUUCUGCUGCUGUUUGAGCCGGGAUCUGCCGACUCCUGCUACGCCCUGCUGCUCAACAACAAACACUCCGACCGCCUCCGAGAGCACGUUUUCAAGUUGUUUGAGCGGAUGCUGAAGUGUGACCGUGUGUAUGAGAAGAGUAAACAGAGGUUGCGUUUGAGGGAUGUGGGAUACUCUGGCCUCAGCCUGCUGUUCUCUGAACUCCACCUCACCUCCACCCUCAUCAAGUGCCUCCUUCACCAAGUGCUGUCUACUGAUACUGUGGUGAACUAUAAAGAUCUGAUGGCUGUGAUUCAGCUGACCCAUAAAUCUGGGCCCAGUGUUCGUCUGACCGUAUGCAAGAGGCUGUAUGCGCUGUUGCAGUGUCAUCAGGAUGCAGCGCUGCAGAUCUCCAAGCAGACGUGUUGGCAGGGCACUCUAAUGCGCUUGCUGGUCCGGAGCCCCGGGAGCGACGGAGGUUCUGGUUCGGGUCGUGGUGAUGCGGCCAGCCUGGGGAGUUUGGAGCUGAGUCGCAGCAGCGGAGGAGUCCGUGUGGAGCCUCCUCUGGAGCGCAGGACUCUCGGAGGCAGCGUGAACGAAGAGCGAGACAGCGUCUCAGACAGCAGGUCCAUAGACAGCCUGGACAACGGAGACCUGAUGUCUCUCUCCGACACGCCAGGGGACGCGCCCACACACAAAGCCUUGGGCGGGAAAGCAGGGGUCUUGAGUUUGGACCUUUCCCACGUGCAUCUGUUCGAUCACGGGGACAGUGGCAGUCAGACUCCUGGUAGCAUGCCCAGCACACCGUCUCCCCUAGAGAAUAAUAAACCUUUCCUCGGAGCUUCCUCUCUGAAUGAUGACAACUUCCUGUUCAGUGACAAUGUGUCCCUGGGAGAGUCUUUUAACAGCGAGCGUACGGAGGAGGAGUUGUCUCGCCUGCUGUUGGAGAUCGUGUUGUGUGUGAUGUGGAGAGGUGUGGAGGGGUCAGAUGACACUGCCUGGCUGGAGAGGGGUCAGGUGUUCUCUGCCCUCACCAAACUGGGCACUGCCAAUGAGCUGCUGCUGCCCGUCGACCACAUCAAACUCAGUCUGAUGGAGAGGAUGUUGGAAUGGGCCGUAACGGAUAACCGUGAGGCGACGACGGCCACGCUACCACAGCACACAGAGAAUGCUGUGCGCUUGCUUCACGUGGUGCAGGACUUCCUACAGGCUGAGGGUCUGGUGAAUCCCGCCCUGUGGACUGAGAAGGUUCUGGAUGAGACGGUGACUCUGAUGGACGGGCUGAUGGUGUGGUACGCCUCAGGGACGCAGUGGCUCCAGCUGUCUCAGGUGGGACUACGGCUGCUGCUCGGCUUCAUGGCUCAGGAAGAUCCGCAGGUGUGCGCCAUGGCUACGGCUAAACUGAAUGGCAUCUUACAAACCAAGACGGUGGACUCUCAGGACGAGGCCUGUUAUCUUCUGGGCCGCGUGGAGGGAAUCCUCAGGCGCUCCGUGAGCGAGGAACGGACGGAGGAGACCUACUCGUUUUUAGUGCCUCUUCUCCGGACCCUCCUGUCUAAAGUCGACAAACUCCUGUACAUGGAGCUGCACCUCCCUUCCCUCCCCGACACCAACGGAAGUCCGUCAUUCUUUGAGGAUUUCCAGCUGUACUGCAGCUCCCCGGAGUGGAGGGUCUAUUUGGAUAAAUAUAUUAUCCCCUACAUGAAGCAGUAUGAGAUCGAGACGUUCAGUCAGGGUCAUGAGAACAUGGCCCUUUUUUGGAAGGACUGUUAUGAGGCGUUCAUGCUCAAUCUGCACCGCAGGGACAGAGAGAGAGGAGAGAGCAAGAUACGCUUUCAGGAGCAGUUUGUGGAACCGUUCAGUCGUCGAGGGCGUCAGGAAAACCUGAGGUACAACAGCAUGCUGAAACAAAUCCACACGCAAAACAGCGCCACCCUCAGGCAGUGGAGGGCAGCGCGCAGAGGACUCUUCUGUGAAAGAGGACCCUGGGUGGACAAGCAGCAGAAGGACACACACUGGAAGCUCUCUAGCGCUGAGAACUACUCCCGUAUGCGACUCAAACUGGUGCGAAAUUACAACUUUGACCCCCACAGGGAAGCCAGUGCUUUGAGAGACAACCUGGGUGUGCAGCACCAGCAGGUAAACGCUGAGUCACUGUUGUUAGAGGCGGUGAAGCAGGUGAAGGUCAGUGAUCUGGAGGAUGACAUCCUGGAACUCCUGGAGGAGGAUCCUGCAUCGGCCAAUCAGGCUGAUUCAGAAGAGGCGGGUCAAAAGGAGAAGUUGGUGAUCUCAGAGGACUGUGAGCUGGUCACUGUGGUCGACGUCUAUCCGGGUCGUCUCGAGCUCACCACACAACACAUCUACUUUUACGACAGCAGCGCAGAGAAAGAGGAAGGUGUAGGUCAAGACUUUAAAUGGCCUCUGUCUCAGAUCAGAGAGAUCCACCUGCGCAGAUACAACCUCCGACGCUCGGCGUUAGAGAUCUUUCUCAUCGACCAGACCAACUACUUCCUGAACUUCAAGAAGGAGGUGCGUAAUAAAGUGUACAGUCGGAUGCUGCUGCUGCGCUCUAUCUCUCUUCAGAGCACUCACUCACCGCAGGAGCUGCUCAAAGCUUCUGGACUCACACAGGUCACUGCAGACAAAUGGGUGAACAGGGAGAUCUCAAACUUUGACUACCUGAUGCAGUUGAACACUAUAGCAGGAAGGACGUAUAAUGAUCUGGCUCAGUAUCCUGUGUUCCCCUGGAUCCUGUCGGAUUAUACGUCAGAAGAGCUGGAUCUGUCAGAUCCGCGUGUGUUCAGAGAUCUCUCCAAACCUGUGGCAGUGCUGAACGAGAGGAACGCCAAAGCCGUCAGAGAGAAAUAUGACAGUUUUGAAGACCCCACGGGCACCAUAGACCGCUUCCACUACGGCACGCACUACUCAAACGCUGCGGGAGUCAUGCAUUACCUCAUCAGAGUCGAACCCUUCACAUCCCUGCACAUCCAGCUGCAGAGCGGCAGGUUUGACUGUGCUGACCGUCAGUUUCACUCCAUUCCUGCUACCUGGCAGACCCUCAUGGACAAUCCCAAUGAUGUCAAAGAGCUCAUCCCAGAAUUCUUUUACUUCCCGGAGUUCCUGGAGAACCAGAACGGAUUUGACCUGGGUCGCUUGCAGAUCUCUAAAGAGAGGGUAAAUGAUGUCAUCCUGCCUAAAUGGGCCAAUUCUCCCGAGGAUUUCAUCUACAAGCACCGCAAAGCCCUGGAAUCAGAGUAUGUGUCGGCCCAUCUGCAUGAAUGGAUUGAUCUGAUCUUUGGCUAUAAACAGAGGGGCCCAGCUGCAGUGGAGGCCCUUAAUGUCUUCUAUUACUGCACUUAUGAAGGGGCUGUUGAUCUGGACGCCAUCACAGAUGAGAAGGAGAGGAAAGCUCUAGAAGGCAUGAUCAGUAACUUUGGACAGACACCGUGCCAGUUACUGAAGGAGCCCCAUCCCGUGCGUCUCUCUCUGGAGGAGCUGGAGAAGAGGAGAACUCGUCUGGACUCCUGUCCUCUCAACAUUUUUGAGCACCUCACUGAACUCAAAUCAUUCUUCAUUGAGGGCAUCAGUGAUAAUGUGCCUCUGGUUAAAGCUGUUGUCCCUAAGAACCAAUCACAUUCAUUUAUCUCGCAGGGGAGUCCAGAUACUCUGGUAACGCUGAGCCACAACUGCUUGAUGGGAACUCAUGGCUGGCUGCCCUACGACAAGAACAUAUCCAACUAUUUCACCUUCAUCAAAGACCCCACCGUAGCCAGUCCAAAGACUCAGAGGUUUCUAUCAGGGCCGUUCUCUCCCGGGGUUGAAGUCACCACUCACCUGUUUGUUGUGUCUCAUGACGGGAAGUUGCUCUUCAGCGGAGGCCACUGGGACAACAGCCUCAGAGUGACGUCACUUGUCAAGGGCAAAACAGUCGGUCAACAUAUCCGCCACAUGGACAUCAUAACGUGCCUGGCCACAGAUCACUUUGGGAUUCACCUGAUCUCUGGCUCCAGAGACACCACCUGCAUGGUGUGGCAGGUGUUACAGCAGGGAGGUGCUCCGGUGGGUCUGUCCUCUAAGCCAGUGCAGGUGUUAUACGGACACACAGAUGAGGUUGUGAGUGUGUCCAUCAGUACAGAGCUGGAUAUGGCGGUCUCUGGAUCAAGGGAUGGAACAGUGAUGAUUCACUCUGUUCGGAGAGGUCAGUACAUGCGGUCUCUGCGGCCGCCGUGUGAGAGCUCUCUGCCCAUGUCCAUCAUGCACCUGGCUGUGUCCUGGGAGGGACAUCUAGUGGUGCACACCUGCAUAGAGCCCAAAGCCACACUGAAGGAUAAGAACGCCCUGCACCUGUACUCGGUGAACGGGAAGCAUCUGUGCGGUGCUCCUCUGAAGGAGCAGGUGACAGACAUGUGUGUUUCAGGAGAACAUGUUGUCAUCGGCAGCGAGCAGGGUUUCCUGUCUGUCAGAGAUCUGUACAGCCUGACUCUGUGUGUGUCGCCGAUGGCGAUGCGGGUGCCGAUCAGGAGCGUAUCUGUGACCAAGGAACAAUCUCACAUCCUGGUGGGACUCAAUGAUGGCAAGCUGAUCGUGGUGGGCGUCGGCAAACCCGCGGAGAUGCGUUCUGGCCAGAUUACGAGGAAACUCUGGGGCUCCAGUAAGCGUCUCACUCAGAUCUCGUCUGGAGAAACAGAGUAUCACACCCAAGAGCAGCCCUGACCCCGCCCCCUAAAUCCCAGCCUUCCUGCCUGAUUGGCCCACUGCCCUGUCAAUCACCCAAACCCAUUGUUUCAGUUCAGAGGAUGGCUCUCCUCUCUCUGAAUCAAUAAGAAGGACUUUUUUAGCACCUGUAUGCAAAUCUGUGUGUUGUAGAGCCAAACGUAUGCAUGUUCCCUCGUACAUG